GGUAAGAAUGGUGACCGUUCUCCGGUACUAAGGUACCACCGCCUGAAGCCCAACUGGCGCAAACCCAAGGGUAUUGAUAAUCGUGUUCGCCGACGCUUCCGAGGAAUGCGCGCUAUGCCAACAAUCGGUUUCGGAUCGGACAGGAGAACAAGAUUUGUCCUUCCUUGUGGAUACAAGAAGGUUCUUGUCAGGAACGUAAAGGUGAAUACCUUGUUUUUCUUUGUUCAUUAG